AUGUCUCCAACACCUUUACAGAUCAAGGUGAAAGCACUUCAACGAUUGACAACAGAAAAGAGUUACUAUGCUAAGGAAGUUGCCGAGAAUACUCAAACCUUAGAACAAAUGAGGGCAAAUGGAGCUGAUCCUUAUGAGGUAAAGAAACAAUCUCAGGUAUUGGACGAAUCCAAACGAAUGGUUCCAGAGUUAGACAGCAAGAUCAAAGAGCACGCUCAAAAUCUUUCAGAAUUCUUGAAAGUUUACAAUGGUGAUGAAGAUACAACUUUUGCUAAAUCAUUGAUUCAAUAA